CCAAAUUCACUUUUUUCACCUCUUUUUUCCAGAUAAAGUGAAAGGAAAAGUUAUGGAAACAUGUAAUCAUGAAAGAGGUGUGAGAUGUGUGUGUGGAUUUGGGAAAUGGUUAGCAUUUUUUGCCUGGGGUGGAGAUAUUCAAUUUACUCUAGAGUAGCAACAAAUGGCUCAUAACACAGACACAAAUUACAACAUCGCUUCAAGUGUUUCCCUCCCUGGGCUGAGUCAGCAGUCCUGCUCACUCUGGUCAUUUAAGAUGGGGCAGACAGCAGGGUUUUUUUUUUUCUUUUUUGAGGAGGGCAAGGGGACACAAAAUGCACAAAAUGCCCCAAAAUACAAAAAUAUGGACAAAAGGGCAACUCCCAUAAUUAUUUCCACCAUACCUCUAGAAACUUACACGUUCUGAAAAUAUUGCAUGUCUGCAGACAAUAAAAGUGAAAAAGUGAGAUGAGAUGCAUGACAGACACUGAAAAACAUGGUGAGCGAGUGGUGGGUUCACUUCCUCUUCAUUUUUGUACUUCUCGUAACCGGGGACCAAAGGGAGUGGAGGAGGUUAACUGAAACGAUGCAAGAUAAGAACUGCAGCACAGGGCUGAGAGAAAAGAGGCAGCGACACACUCCACAGCCAAACCUGUGAGAGGGUUGAGGCAAAGGAGAAGCUCUUUGAUAGAGAGAAGGCAAGAACUGAGGGGAAAAAGUCAAGUGAGCAAAAAACAAAUCGAAGAAUAACGCUGAGGGGAGCACCGGGGAAAAAAAGAAAAAGAAAGAGGUGACAAAGACGAAGCAGCUGCACAAGUGACUCAUUCAAAGGCUGCAGAGAAAAGGUGAAGACUGAAAAUGGGUUCAGGAACGGGGCAUUCGUUUUAAAAUAUAUGCAACUAAAAUUUCUUUCAUAUGACAGUUUUUUUUUUUUUAGAUACUCUACUUUCCGAAAUAAGAAGUCUGAUGGAGGAAACUACACACGGGGGCACUGCACUCUCACGUCUCUGCACACAGUGUAGCACAUCUAAACCACAGCUGCUCUGAGUCUUCAGUGGGGGGAAUGCUGAUGAGCUCAAAUCAUCAAACAUCAGCCACGAUGAUGUCCACCGUUUCUUCCAUCCCGAUUCCUUCUGCCUCCGGAUCUUUCAACCAUUCCCUCUCCUUUUCCACUUCACCCCUCUCCGUUUCCACGUCAUCCCUCAUUUGGACCACUGCAGUCGCUACUUCCACCUCGCUGACUGACUCCUCAAACAUGAGCGAGUGUACAAUUGAUGACUCAGCCCUCCGACUGCCAUUAGCAGUCAUAUAUUCUCUGAUCUUCGUUUUUGGGCUCGUGAGCAACCUGUUUGCCCUUUGGGUCUUCAUUUUCCUUCACUCAGGGCACAACUCAGUGAGCGUGUUUCUCAUCAACUGUGCUGUGGCAGAUCUGGUCUUCCUUGCGUGCCUGCCCUUCAGGAUCUUCUACCAUUUCAACAAGAACCAAUGGGUACUGGGAGCUGUCACCUGCAAGAUUGUGGGAAAUUUAUUUUACAUGAACAUGUACAUCAGUAUUACGUUACUGGGUCUCAUCAGCCUGGACAGAUUCUUAAGGCUGAGAGGGAAAGGCCGAGCACGAAGAGGAAUGAGGUUGAGGCUCUGGGGGCACCGACAGGCGUGGAGCUGGAUAGUGUGUGGUGUUCUGUGGAUCUUCUCGUUGGUCAUGUUGGUGCCCAUGAUCGCCACACCAGAGGACGAAGAAAUAAGCACCCAGUGCUUCCAGUACAAGCAGCGGAAAAGGGUCCAGACCAAGGCCUACUUCAACGCAGUGCUGGUGCUGCUCUUCUGGCUGGUCUUCAUCAUACUCAUGAUCUCCUAUGCCAAGAUUGCCUCCCGUCUGCUGCGAGCGUCGCGAGACAAGCCCGACCUUCCCAACGCGCACAAAUACGAGCGGACAGCAAAGAAGUCCUUCUUUGUUCUGUUUCUGUUCACCGUCUGCUUUGGGCCCUACCACGCCUUUCGCCCCUUCUACAUCUACACCCAACUAAACGACGUCAAAUCAUGUCACUACUUGUACCUGGUGCACAGCAUCAAUGAGGUCAUGCUAUUAUUCUCGGCCUUCAACAGCUGUUUGGACCCCGUCAUGUACUUUCUGUUAUCCGGGUCUGUGCGCAAAACUGCUCUCCGAGCACUGGGACACCAGCUGGGAAACAGGUUUCCAUUCCUGGUGGAUGCGACAUCUUUAAGCUCUAUAGCAGAGAGCAGACGGCCGUCUAUGCCAAUGGUUUUACCCAGCUCUGCUCUCAACACGCCUUCCCUUACUCCCAGAACGAGUAUUUGUGUCAUGAACUCCACUCUACGCCGCACGACUAUAGUUCCAUCUACUGGCAGACAGUGAUGACACGGAUGUUCACUGCAUGUUAAGUCAGCAAGUAAUAUUUCUUACUCUGCAAAAUUUUUUUGAAAAAACUAUUUGUACUUUUAAAAAUUUAAACACAAUUUGUCAUUUUUUAAAUAUCAGCAAUCUCACUGAGUUUGCUGCACUAACUUGGAGUUUAAUGGCAUGAGUGAGUCAUUUUUUUUCUAUCAUGCCAAUUUAAAUUUAAAACAUGUUUACCAAAUAUUUUGCAAAGCUAUUUGAAUAAACUGAAUUAAAGCUUCUUAUGGGUGACAAAAGUGCACUAAAAUGCAGAAUUGCAAAUGUUU